GAAAUGAAAUCGAAACUUACUGCGUGUCUAUCAGUCUCUGUUUCCUUUUACUUACACGGCUCGUGGCGGAUUUUACCUCAGCUUUCGUGGUGCAAUAGUUUGCAAGGUGUUUUUACAGCACAGCAUACAGCAUUCAUAAGCGACCGACUUCACUGGUGGUGUUUUCACUGUGGAUUACACACGGACAAGGACCUCGCUCAUCCAAAGCAGAAGACCCUGCGCACUGGAAACCAUUUUUGCAGUUACACAGAUUCAGUUUCAACAAAAUCUACUUUGCUUUCUGCUUUCUUUACGUUUUUACUUUAUGAUUUUUGUAUUUAAAGCUGCUAUUGUUAUAAUAUUCGUGUUCAAGUCAUCUGAUCGAGAAGCUACAGGAUCAGCAACGUUUAAAACUCCACUUUAAUUUGAGCCACAGUAGAUACUCCCAGUGUGUAAUUGGCCUGGCCUGACUUUUCACCGGGGUCUGCUGUUUGUGCUAGAGGACGUACACUCAUACAGAGGCUGCACAUCAAGCUGCACAGGCCCCCUUCACGCCCCACCCCUGCGCUAUGAGCAGAGGUAGAGGAGGGCCUUACAAAGAACACUAUCACAGGCAUCCACCCCCUGACUUCCAGGCCAAGGAGAAUUAUUACAGACCUGGCCCAGCCUCGCUCCACCCUAGAACUGGCCCACAGCUGAGCCCAUAUUCAGGUUACUACAACAGCUCUGCCCGUCCGGCAGUGCCCAUACAGCGGCCCCCAGCUCCUUUCAUCCCCUCCGCUCCACCAUUACCAAAGCACAGUAUAGUUGCCCCUAAACCAGAGGCCUUUAACAGCUCGCAUAAUCAGAAUUACAGUCCUAAUCCUGGUCCCAAUUCCUUUCAGUACCAACAGGUGGAGUUUUUGAGAGGAAGGAGCUCUGAGGCACCACAGUUCAGAACUGGUCCACGUGGAGGGGGAGUGGGACCUGACAAGUUUCCUAGUUCCUCAUAUCAGCCCCAGUCAGGCUACAAUAGAUAUUCAUACCCCAACAGCAGCCCAAGGGGUAGAGGGGGGUAUAGUCAGGACCAGGGUUUCGUAUACCCAGGAGCCGCGCGAGGCACCCCAGGCCUUCGACACCUGAAUCAAAACCAGUCACAAGGCACAAGCCACAACCAGUACUCCAGCAGUCAAUGGCACGGUCAAGCAGACUCUUUGUCUGACAAAUUUCAGGGUUUGUCCCUAUAUCAAGACAGGCCCAGCAGAGGAGGAGAAAGGUUUGGCAGACAUUCUGCAUCCAAACCCUCUGCAAAAUCGAGGGUUGCUAAAGUUAAUAUCACUCUUACUUCUGACAUCGAGGACGAGGUGUAUAGAGCUUUGGCUUCAUUAAAGCCAAAUGAGAGUAUCCCUGCAAAAUUAUUAGGCAAAAAGCUGCGUCUGCCCAAAAAGAUAGUCAACAAGGCUCUCUACUCUUUGGAGCACUUACAGAAAGCCUCCAAGCAAGGACUCCACCCCCCCUUGUGGAGUCUUUACAGAGAACCUCUCAGAGGCAACGAGGAUCAAAACUCUUCAGCACAAAGGCCACCUUCCCAGCUGUGUGUCAGCUCAGGAGGACACACUCCAGAACCUGAAGCCAAGGUUGAGCUAAAAACAGAAAUCAGGGGACAAGCCAAAGAAGAGGACUCUGACACAGAAUCCAGUUCUUCUUACUGCUCGUCUUCAGAGUCAUCUGACUCUGAAGAAUCCCAGGCACCAGCAAAAAGUCAGUAUCCGGAGAAACAGCACCCCAGCACAACCAGCUCCCCUGAUCCAGAGCUUGCGCUUCCCGCAAUGGCAGAACAGAAGGAGCUAGUUCUGCAGUACCUCCUGGCUACAGGGGAGGCAACUGCUCUCGUCAUAGCCAAAAAUCUGGGGCUAAGGAGUGCCAAACAGGUCAAUCCCACCCUCUACGCGCUGGAGAAGCAAGGUGACGUCGUUAAGCACAGUGAAGUUAACCCUCCCACUUGGGAGCUCUCUACGCACCGCAAAGAGAGAAUGGAAAGGAGCCUUAAAGCUGCAAAGAGCCCCCGCACUGAGGGGGAAUGGAUGGGGGAGGAACCCAGUAGAGAUGAGAUGAAAGGAGCGUCCGACUUUAUGCCGUCAUCUCCACUACCACCAAUACCAGGCCUGGAGCCACUGCCACUCCAGGAGGGUUGGAUGCCAGAGCAAAGUCAUAGCGAAGCGGCCCAAUCCUCCCUCCAGCCUCCCUUCCUUACUACAUGCAAAGACGAAGAGGCCAACGAAGGAGAGUGGGCCACUGACGACAUCCCAGAAUUCCUCAACGCCAUUCGCAGAGAGACGGACGCUGGGAAACUGGCAGCAGAGAAGGCCAACUCUGUAGGGACUGUAGCUGUGUCACUGGCUGCUCCACCUCCCCAGAACCUGUGGGCCAAAUUACAAGAGGUGAGGCUGAAGAACCCCGUCAGCGGCCUCAUGGAGUACGCCCAGUAUCUGGGCCAGAACUGUGAGUUCCUGCUCCUCGACCAGUCGGGGCCCUCUCACGACCCAAGAUUUCGCAUGCAGGUGAUGCUCAACGGGAGGCUGUUUCCUGUCGCAGAAGCAUCCAGUAAGAAGGUUGCAAAAAAGGACGCCGCUGCGGCCACCCUGCGCAUUCUCAUCGGAGAGAUGCAGGGAGGGUCGACCACGGGAGAUGAAGGAAAUAAUGCCAAUGUGGACCAAGUGAUGGAACUACUCUCAGACACCGGUGGGCCAGCUGAAAGCACAGGAGGAAUUUUUGGGGCCGGUACUGUGGAAGGGAUGGCGACAGCGGAGGGACCUCGCCAGCCACUGUCCCGCUCUCUGCCUGGUGGGAAGAAUCCGGUGUCUGUCCUGAUGGAGUACAGCCAGCGCAGCGGGAACCCCAUCGAAUUCAUCAUCACCGGGCAGGCAGGCCCACCACAUGACCCAAGGUUCAUGUACAGGGUGAAGGUCGGAGAGAGCCUGUUUGCAGAGGCCUCGGCUCCAAGCAAAAAGGCAGCCCGCCAGCUGGCAGCAGAAGAGGCCGUCAAAGAAUUAAUGGCUGACGGGAGACUGCAGCUCAACAAGCCUCAGUUGCCCCUGGGCUCCUCCAGUGAUAGUGAUGGCAGUGGCUCUGGGACUACAUGUCCCUCUUUGCCGCCUCUGACUGCAGAUGAGUUGCGAGCAGCACACGAGGCAGGUGUUGGGGACCUCAUUAACCACCUGAACAACAAUGCAGUGUCAGGUCUUUUGGAGUACGCUAGAGCCCGAGGCUUUGCCGCUGAGAUUCGACUGGUGGGCCAGUCUGGGCCGCCACAUGAGCCAAAGUUCACCUACCAGGCCAAGCUGGGCGGACGCUGGUUCCCCCCUGUGUGUGCGUCCAACAAGAAGCAGGGAAAACAGGAGGCAGCAGAUGCUGCACUGCGGGUUCUGAUUGGAGAGGCUGAGAGGGCAGCCCGCACUGGAGAGCUUAUCCCAGCUGAGCUUCCAGUAAGUGGCAGCACUUUGCAUGACCAGAUAGCGAUGUUGAGUCACCAACGUUUCAACGCCCUGACCACACGUAUCCAGCACAGCCUUCUGGGACGCAAGAUUCUGGCCACCAUCGUCAUGAGGAGGGGGGAGGGCCUGGGGACUGUUGUCAGCCUGGGAACUGGAAAUCGCUGUGUUAAAGGGGAGGAACUGAGCCUUAAAGGGGACACUGUUAAUGAUUGCCACGCUGAAAUCAUCUCCAGGAGGGGAUUUCUUCGGUUUCUGUACAUGGAGCUGCUCAAGCACUAUGACGGCGCAGACGACAGUAUAUUUGAGCCAGGGGAGAAAAAUAAACUGCAAAUCAAACCUGACAUCACCUUUCACCUCUACAUCAGCACGGCACCUUGUGGGGACGGUGCCCUGUUUGAUAAGUCAUGCAGCGAGGCAGGGGAUGAAGUUGAGGGCCAUCAGCCUUUGUUUGAGAACGCUAAGCAGGGAAAGCUCCGCACCAAAGUGGAGAAUGGCGAGGGCACUAUCCCAGUGGAGUCAAGUGCCAUUGUGCCCACCUGGGAUGGCAUCCAGCACGGCGAGAGGCUGCGAACCAUGAGUUGCAGCGAUAAGAUCCUGCGCUGGAAUGUGGUGGGUCUGCAGGGGGCGCUGCUCACCCAUUUCCUGCAUCCCAUCUAUCUGAAGUCCAUCACGCUUGGCUACCUGUACAGCCACGGGCACCUCACACGUGCUGUUUGCUGCCGGCUGGCGAGAGACGGUGAAGCAUUCGCCAAAAGUCUCCCUCCUCCCUUUGUUCUAAAUCACCCAGAGGUGGGCAGGGUGAGUGUGUACGAUUCCACGCGGCACACAGGCAAGACCAAGGAGUCCAGUGUGAACUGGAGCUUUCCAGACCAGAACAGUGUAGAGGUGCUGGAUGGGACCAAAGGCAAACUGGAUGGGAACAAACUGAGCGUGUCCAGAGUGUCCAAGUCCAACCUGUUCUGUCUGUUCCGCACUCUGUGCCAGCGGUGUGGCCGCACAGACCUCCUCUCCCUGCCCUCCUACGCCCAGGCCAAGAUGUCGGCCAUGUCCUUCCAGAUGGCCAAGCAGCAGUUCUUUCGAGCUCUCAGCAGCCACGGUUACGGCGCCUGGAUCGGCAAGCCGCUGGAAGAGAAGAGCUUUGAGUCAGGGGAGGGAAACGGGAACAAUGGAGCAAACGUUCCUGUGGGAUACGGCAGCAGUAGAAACGGAGGAGCAAUGGAGUACAAGCAAGACGAGGCAUAAAACGGCGCAGAGUGCUUUAUAAAGGGGGGUAAUAUAAAUAUGUGGUGGAGGGGGGGGACAAGGCAGGGGGCAGAUUGAAAGGGUGGAUGUGUAGGGAAGAAGAACAAUCAAACUGUGCGUAGCCAACAACCAGAACUGUAUCUUCUGACGGGACAUGCUUUAAGGCUGCAGAAGAAGAGCGAUGGAAAGGGACAGAAUAAAAAGAGAGGAAGAUAGCGAGGGCAAAGCCUGAAGGAUGAGUGGGGUCACAGUAGAUAGACAGAGCUAUGGAGAGAGCCACGGGGUGUACAGAAUAAUGUGAACACUACAUGAAAAAGGAAUUAGUUUGAAGUUUGUAAUCAGCAUGGCAAACACUGCUACAAAUCUGUUACUGUUACUUGUCAGCUUCCUGUGUACUGUGGGUUGUUUUUAAGUUGUAAGUUCAGUUUUUACAGUUAUGUUUCCACUGUUCUACUUGAAAUGUGCUCAUUUUUGCUGGCUCUGUGGUUAUUACAGUUUGGACCCAGUUGUUUUUGCCUUUUUUAGACUGCCAUUGUCUAAUUUUGCUAUGUUAAAGGGUAAAUUUGGUAUUUUUCAACCUGCACCCUAUUCUCCCUUGGUAUUCUGUCUACUAAUGAGCAGAACAGUUUGUGAAAUUGGUCUGAUAUUGAGCGAGACCAUUGCAGACAGCAGCACUGAAACAGGCUGCAGUGUUACCACUCUGGGCAUGUUCGCAUCGCCAGUUUAUAUCCAUUAAAAGUGUUUGUUUUGCCACUGACAUGCUCAGAUUGUUAUUGUAAGUGUCUGACAACUUACGGAAAGUACUCCUAAAGAGAUGGACCUCUUUGUGAAAUAGUAAGAUCCCUGUUUGUUUACGAGAAAUAGCCCUGAAAUCUUCACCAAAGCCACCAGACUCCAUUUAAAUAAACAGUAAUUUUAUCAUCAGAAACCAAAACAGAAAACUCAAAAGAUACCGUGGUUCAACUCUCCACUGCUUCAACAACCGUUAACUCUGGUGUCGUUUAAAUAAACCCUCAAGUCACACAGUUAGAUGUGAAAAUAUGCUGGUUUUAUACACGUUAAAUUGUUUAUUUGAGUGUGGUGAGUUUGGUGAUGGCGAUUUCGGGGCUGUUAUGGUCAAACAAAAAGGAUCUUAUUCUCGGUCAGUCUCUGUAGGGAUGGUUUCCAGAAAUUGUCAGUGGCAAAGAGAAGCACUUUAAGUUGAAGUAAACUGACAGUGCGAACAUGACCUGAGUGAUUACAUUGAAGCCUGUUUAUCGCUGUCAGCUAAAGAGGUCUCACACAAUACUGGACCAAUUUCAAAACUUGGGUCCAGGCUGAAAAAUACUGAACAUACCCCCCUAAACAGCUGACAACAGCUGCUCAUUGGCAUCCAGCCUAAUAUGACCCGCCACUGUAGCAGUGUUUGUAAUUGUGAUUAUGUUAAUUUGGAGUUUAAGUCCUCUUUCAUGAAGUGUUUUUUUUAUUUUUUUUUCUGCUCCCUUUGUUCUGCUGCAUGAAAAUACAAGCAGCUGAUUUCAGAACAGCAAGCAGAAACAGUGGGACGCUCUCAGCAGGAAUCUCGAUUUUUGAAAACUGCACCCACUCUCGAUAGAUUACCACGAGCGAAGUUGGAAAUUAGUCCUUGCUCAGCACAGCCCCAGCUUUCACUGUACAUAAGAAGAACAUUAAUUCCAACUUUAACUCUGACCCAGUGGCUAACCAAACAUUUUACCAUCAAACACUUGAGGCUUUAGCUCCUGAAGCCUUCGAUCAGGCCCCUUUCUGAGUCAAAUUUAAAACUCACUGUACACCCUCUGCUGUCCAUCCAUCCGCAUGUUGUCGCCAUGGUUUCCAUUAGCAUAGCAUAGGACAGAGCGCCCCUUUAAUCAGUCCCAUAAUUUCUCUGUGCUUUAUAUAGAAAUACUGAUGUCACGACCUCCAAGACGUACAAUAUUUCUGUUGUUUUUGCCUGUGUGUUUUGAGUACUUCUCCUUUUUUCCUUCACCUCUGGCAAAAAAAAAGUUCAUCAGCAGCUGGCCAUGCUAGCAAGUCCUGGAAAGUCUCAACUGUCCUGCCUGCAGCCCGGCUGCAUAUUCUUUUUUUUUGUCUUUUUAACAUCUCAAUACAAAAAAAAAAGGCUUUUGGGUUCUUUUGCAUGGCCAGUUCUUGAGGACGGCUAGGUGAGGACAGUUUUGUUGUCUAAGGAGCGUGUGUAGUUUGUUCUUGAUUUGGUUAUAUGUAGAUGGAUGGUGCAAUAUAUACAUCAAGUAUAUACAAAUACAUGAACACACAGAUGUUGCAGUGGGGUCCAAAAGCCCGAGUCCAGUUCCAGAGAGUCGCAUUUAUUAAAAACUGAAAUAAGUGUCAAAUAAGUUAUUCCUCAAAAAACUGCACAAUGGUUGUUUUUAUUAUUGAUGCAUGUAUUUCAGUUUUUUGUUGGUUUGUUUGUUUGUUGUUUCUCUUUUAAUUGAAUUUGAGAAUCUGUAUUUUCCAGCAAUCUUGACAAAAAUUAAAGACGCACUAGACAGAAAGUCCUUUGUCACGUUACAGUGACACAUGCAGUAAGAAUCACACAGGAGACAUGAUAUAGAUAAACAAACUGUUUUAGUAUUUGUUGCAUUUCUUUAAAGAUGGCAUCAUUUUGAUUAAAGCUGGCUUUUAAUAUAUUUUUAAAAGAAUCUCUGAGAGGAGAACAUUUACAUUAGUUGUGUAGUUUUUAAUCAUUUAAAGGUACAGGUCUUACAGUGGACUCAGACUUUUGGACCCCACUGUUUGCAAAAAUGGAUGUCUAGUAUAAGGCUGUAUAUACGUCUGUGUGUAUGUAUAUGUAUAAGUUUAAUGUAUAUAUUUUGUAAAUCAUCUACAGUUGCUUUUCUAUAUUUUCUUUUCCUGAUGUUUUAAUUAAACUGCAAAGAAAUAUGCUGUUUUUUACAAGUGAAGUUUGGAAAGCAAAAAAAAAAUAUAUAUUAAAAGAGUAGCAAUGUUUCAGUGAA